AUGGCCGACGCCGCCCCUCCAGUCGACUCGUUAUCCAAGCGAACCGCCGGCGAUUACGUCGGAUGUUUUUCCUCGUCGACCCCCCUCGACAACAUCAACACAUACAUGUACCAGUCGUCGGGAUACUGUUCGGAACACUGUAGCUCGGCAGUAAUGGGUCUCACCGAUGGAAACCAGUGCUUUUGUGGAGACCAAAUACCGGCGGAAAGUGAUAAGGUGGACGACUCGAAGUGCUCCACCAAGUGCGAUGGUUUCGGCCAGGAAAUGUGCGGUGGUGACGGCUUCUGGACCGUGUAUACGCUCAAGGACGGCGCCACAUAUUAUGGCGGAUCAGAUGACUCGGGUUCUUCUUCAUCAUCGGCGGCGCCCUCUUCAUCGAAAACUUCACCAACGUCGACAUCCGCCGCGGCCACAGUCGUUACCAGCGAAAUCUCAGCCGGUCAUACUUCUGUCGUUACCAUCACUGCUGCUGCACACCCUGAGGCGGCGGCGGCAUCGAGCUCAGCUGCCAGCAAAUCCGGUGGUGGCUCAUCCAACACAGCUGGCAUCGCUGCUGGUGUGGUUGUUGGUGCUGUUGCGCUGGCCGGCAUAAUAGCCGGCUUAUUCUUUUUCAUCCGACACAAGAAGCGGAAAGAGGCCGAGGAAGAUUACAAGCAGCGUACGCAAGUCUCUGACUUCAUGCGCGGCACCAGUGAGAGGAAACCACCGAGCACAGGCUACAGCGGAUACAGUGAUCAGCGGCUAGAUCCUGAAGCUGGAGCGAGGCGGAACAGCGUCGGCAGUCUGGCAGAUAACCAGGACUAUUCAAGGAGGAUAUUGAGGGUCGCCAACCCGGACUCAAGUUAG